CCCGCUCUAACUCUCGCGAGAGCCUUACAUGCUAUAAAGGCAGCGCCCGGCGCGUGCUUCGCGCGUCGUCUUCCUGACUGGCCUUGGUGAUUUUUUUGUAGGAGCUGCUGAUAGCAAUAUGUCUUCAGGAAACGCCAAAAUUGGGCACCAUGCCCCCCACUUCAAAGCAAUAGCUGUUAUGCCAGAUGGUCAGUUCAAAGAUAUCAGCUUAUCUGACUACAAAGGAAAAUAUGUUGUGUUCUUCUUCUACCCUCUUGACUUCACCUUUGUGUGCCCCACGGAGAUCAUUGCUUUCAGUGAUAGAGCAGAAGAAUUUAAGAAGCUCAACUGCCAAGUGAUUGGUGCUUCUGUGGAUUCUCACUUCUGUCACCUGGCAUGGAUCAACACACCCAAGAAACAAGGAGGAUUGGGACCCAUGAACAUUCCCUUGGUAUCAGACCCCAAGCGCACCAUAGCUCAGGACUAUGGGGUCUUAAAGGCUGAUGAAGGCAUCUCAUUCAGGGGACUUUUUAUUAUUGAUGAUAAAGGUAUCCUUCGACAGAUCACCAUAAAUGACCUCCCUGUUGGCCGCUCUGUGGAUGAGACACUGAGACUAGUUCAGGCCUUCCAGUUUACUGACAAACACGGGGAAGUGUGCCCGGCAGGCUGGAAGCCUGGCAGUGAUACCAUCAAGCCUGAUGUCCAGAAGAGCAAAGAAUAUUUUUCUAAGCAGUAGUGAGCACUGGGCCAUUUUAGGCCAGUCUGCAGUGGACGACAAAACCUUUGUACUAUUGUCAUGCUUACAACAUAGGACCUUUCACUCAGCGCAGAUGUGUGGGACAGGACAGGCCUUUCCUGCAGGGGUUGGGGAGGCCAGCCUUUCUUCCUCUGGAGGGAAUGGCCUGAGCUUUAUUAUGAGGCACACUAACUGAUGUGUACAGUAGUAGGACAUGGCUUUUGAUCUUCUGUAGUUUCUAUUAAACUUUUAACUGAGA